UUCUUCCAUUCUACAGGCAAUUUCAGGUACCUGGCUGCGUUUGUGUGUGGGUAUGUGUACAUACACGAGUUAAUUGUAAAAUAAUAAGAUAAAUGCCAUGUAAAAUAAAAAUCAGUUUCAUUCCCUUAUAAUCACAUUUCAUGUUUUUUUUUUCUCUGAUAAGUCCCAUUGGAGAACGACUACAUGAUUUCUUUAUACGUGCAGUCUAUAUUUAAUGCUAAGUUAGAGAUCCGUAUUAGCCCUUUCAGUGUGCUAGGGCCGGCACUUUCUCAGGAGACAGAUCUGUUAUGCAACCAAACCUAGGUUUUCCUUCCCAAACUCUGAAUAUUCUAAAUAUACAUUCAGACAUUUAUAUCCUGAGCAUUGGGAUCAGCUGCACCAAAAAAGCCCUUUAUCUUCCAGGACCCAAGCUUCCUUCACGACUUUCUUGACACAGUCUGAUAGUCACAGCCCAAGUCUUUUCAGCCAUCUCCAGAGGGGAAAACCAAAGGUGCAGCCUCCAGUUGCUGAUUUGUCUCCGCAGCCCGUGACACCCUACUGCUUCCAUGCAGUUUGGCAGUGCCCGCCCAGCCUGGAGAAAGAGUCCACUCCCAGAAGGGAAGGGCUGGGUUUCGGAUUUCAUUUCCCUUGUAAAACCAUUCCCAGAUUCCAAUCCACUUGCAGGGCUUCUCUGCCGUUUUCCAGCCUCAAACCUCGAAUCAAGCCCCCAGCACAGGGAGCUGAGGGAGGGCACGGUCAAUAUCAGGAAGUUCAACAUGAAAUCAACAUUUCUCCUUCCCCUUGGCAGCAUCUUUGUUUUCUCCUUGCUUGUGGAGGGCAGAAUUGUCAGGGAUGAUGAAGCCAAUUUUGCUGAAUGUAACAAGUUCUUUUAUGAAGAGACCCCGCCUGAAGGACUGGCUGAGCCUUUCCACGUGAAAAUCUGUCAAAAAUACAACGGCAAGGAGCGCUUUGCCACCCUAUACAGCAUCCGAGAAAAGAUACCUGUUUACUCGGCUUUUCGCUAUGGUGUCUCUGGAGAGAGCAGGGAGCAGGGGUGGAUGAUCGAACCCCAGAUAGAUGAUCCCAAUAGCAACUUUGGAGAAAUGAUGAAUGAAGCAGAUGCAGUCAACUCUGUAAACAAUCUUGGAAGCAAACAAGCCCUAAGUACUGACUACCUGGAUUCUGAUUACCAAGAAGGACAACUGUACCUCAGCUCACUUAACAGUGAUGAUUUCCAGGUAGCAACGUACACCCUCACAAAUGCCGCACCUAUGACCCAAUCGUUCAGGGAGAGGUGGUACAUGAAUGUGAAAAGCCUGAUGGAUCUUGCCUUGGCCCCUUACUGUGGGAAUAGGGACAAUCUGUAUGUCAUUGCAGGAGCGGUGCCUUCAGACCAAAGAGUCAAGGACAAAGUCUCUGUCCCUGACUUUGUUUGGUUGGCUGCUUGCUGUGCUGCUCCUGGAGGGUGGGCUAUGGGAUUCAUCAAGCGUAUGAGGGAUGGGGAUAUCAUAGAAGAUGUGAUGGUGAAGGAUCUUGAAAAACUGCUUCCAUCUGGUACUCAGCUGUUCCAAAACAACUGUGGGGAAGCAGAGCAAGACACCGAGAAAAUGAAAAAAAUAUUAGAAAUGGUUAACCGUGUACAGGAUGAAGAGAGAAUGGUCCAGGCUAAGUCAAGUUCUAGCCAAUUAUCCAGUACUAGGAACAAACGGUCUGCCCCAUCAUUGCCAGAGGAAGCCAAUGAGAGCAGCUUGCUCAGAACGAUCAGCAGCAUUGUGGCGACCCCCUUUAUCAAGCUUAUCCAAUUAAUAUACUACCUCGUGGUUGGAAUCCUGAAAAAUGCUCUCUAUUGCUUGUGGUACACUACCAAGCAAUUUAUGGGUAUUCUGGAAGAUGGAGUCGAAAGGAUGUGUUUAGCAACAGUGUCAUACUUCAUGGCCAUUGGGGAAGAACUAGUGAGCAUUCCCUGGAAAGUGGUCCAAGUUAUUGUCAAAAUCAUCAGGGCCCUUCUACGCAUCCUCUGCUGCCUACUGAAAACCAUUUGCCGAGUUCUGAGCAUCCCUAUCAGAGUCCUUGUGGACAUUGUCAGCUUCCCCAUGUACACAGUUUGUGCCAUCCCAACUGUCCUUAAAGACAUUGCCAUGGGCCUGGGGGGCAUUUUCUAUCUCCUCCUGGACACUGCCUUUGGCACUAUUGGCAGCCUGUUUAAUGUGUUUUUUCGUGUCUUUAAACGGAUUGGCUUUUACAACUCUGGGGAGUUGUAGAAGAAAAGUGGACCAGGAGAAUCCAUCCACUGGAAUUUUGACUUUUUGUAAGGGAGAGUCAGAGCGAUUCCUCUUUUCAACAUGUGGCUUCUUGCUCUUAAUUCACAUGACAUUUUGGACACUGAUAAUAUUGAAAAUUCACUUAGAGGUCAAGGGGAAACUGCCUGUGAUUGCAAAGAAAUGACAGUAUGAUUUAAAAUUUCCUGCUAGCAAAGUGUUGAGGGCUGAAAGAUGAGGAUUAACUAAUAUCUUCUGGCUCUACAGUCUAGUUUGGUCAGGUGUUCAGCUUUUUUUUAAGCCAUAAACACUUUCAGUUCUUCAUUAUUAAUAAAGUAGGGAAAUGGCAGUGGCCAUUUCCUCAAAAAGUGGCCCACACCCUAGGAGAUAUGUGUUUGCUGGUGAUAACUGAGGGUUAGAGAGAGUAAAAUGUCCAUCCAAAGUGUUUUCUGAAAACUGGGAAAAGGAAAUUUGUUCCUCUCUCUUAUAUUUGGUCCUUCUCAUCUAAUCUAAUUGAACCCAAUAAGAUCUGAUAACAAAGCCCUCCGUAGAUGUUUUUGGCUGAUUCUGGAAUCUUCUUCCAACAUCAUGACCUUGGAGCAAAGUAAAAGCUACCAGCCUGGGUGGACUGAACGCUUCUUUACCUUGGGUGAGAGGAUUGCCAUAGCCCAAGAGGCUUCUUUGGACUUUCAAAAAUCCCCAAGAUCCAGUUGUGGUUUUUAAUUUUUCUCAGUAGAACAUCACUACAUAGUCCCCACAGAUAAUGGAUGUUUUUUGCAAAACAUGACCUAAUGAGGUGGAAAAGUGAGUUCAGAAUUCUCUUGACACCUAGGAGGUAUCAUAUUCCUCUCUCAGGCAAAUGCCCAGGAAGGAUGAGAACUCAGGGUUAAAGCUUUGUUUUCUCAUGUGUAGUGUUAGUGAUCUUUUGGAAUCUUUCACUAAGCCAAGAAACUGACACCAACUUAAGGGUCACCUGAAAAUCUCAUGCUGAGAGCUCCCCAUCAUCAGCUAAUAUGAUAAUGACCAAAUUGACCUGGGCUUCUGUACAAGUCAAUUUAAUGAACACACUCCCCUAUGCAUCAAGGUAAACAAUAAAACCAAAGCACUCUAAAUAGGUCCCUAAAGAAUAAUAUUGAUUAGGAAAAAAAAAGCUUAUGCUCAGAAGAAUUCAAGUUCAUGUAUUUUCAGAGUUAGCAUAAUAGAGGGAAAGCUGCUAAAAAGCUUCUCAGGAAACUAGAUUCUUAAUUAAGAAAUGUCCCAUAGGUAAAUACUUUUUUGUGGGCAAUAGGUUAAUGUGUUUAAGACUCAUUCUUCAAGUCACAAUCUACUAGGAAAUUAAGGUUUUCUCACAGUCAUAGGUCAUACAAGUAAACAUCUCCAUUUUCCUACCUCUUAAUGACACAUUCUUUAGCUUAAAACCACCCUCUUCUGCAUUUACUUUGCUUCUGACACUGGAUCAUUGCCUAUGGCAAUAAUUCUAAAAAAACCAAGGGAUCAGAGGAAGAGCUGUGAAUCAGGAGGAAGCUGGGUAUGAAACCCUGACACCGGGGCAUCUCCCCUUUGAAUUCUAUCAUCAGAAAGUCAGAUUCAUAAAUUAAGAGGCAGGAAGAAAAACAUUUUACUGUGGAUAUAGAGACUAGUCAUUUGUACUGGGAUGGUGGUUGGAAAAUGUUAGUGUAAUGAAAGUAGAGGGACUGAAAGAAAGAUCAUUGCAUUGCAUUUAAAGAGAACUCAUCCAUGAUGUGAGACUUAGAACACAAGUCCUGGGAAGGCUUGAAAUUGGAAAAUAUUGUCUAUAUUUAGAUUUUUGAUUAAUUUAGCUCAACCACUUGCUUCCAUUCAUGAAAGUAUAUGUGUCCAGACACAACUUUCCAUUGGCAAUAUGGUACAAUGGAAGGAGUAUUGGCUCUGAAAUCAGAGGCCCUGGGUUCAAAUCCUGAGAAAGUUACUUAGUCUCCCUGGCCCUCCAUUUCCUCCCCUAUAAAAUGAAGGGGUUGGUCUAGUUGGCUUCUGCGGUGCUAUCUGGUAUGGGUCUAUGAUCCUAUGAACUAUGGGAAUUAUUAGGAAGCAGGAAAUGGUGAUAUUUUGUAUCGAUGAAGCUGAUUCAUAGAAUCAUAGAGAGAGGAAGCAAUAUAAUCACUGAAUUUUAGAGGUGAAAGGGACACUCAUUUUACAGAUGAGGAAACUGAGGCCCACAGAAGAUAAAUGGCAUGUUUAAGAUUACACAGCCAGUUAGUAAUAGAGUCUGGAUAAGAACCUGAGUAUCUUGUCUUCUGUCCCCUCCAUCAGACUUAUUCCAGUCCUUACUCCUGGCCUUUUUAGUCCAAGAAGAACAGGCAACUGAUCCCAUCUACUGGCAGCACCCAAUUCUGGUGUUUGGGCCUGGCCCCUUUCCAAACAUGUCUAGUAACUAGGUAAUUACUUGAUCUUCCUAGGAAACUGGGAAAGGGUAAGGAAGCAAAAUGCCUUCUAUAGUUAGAGAAUGGGGGCAGCCAUACUUGCACUGAGCAUGUCUACUGUAAUUGAUGAUCUUCUCUGUUUGCUAAGAUUAGUUGUUGUCAUGAAGCCCGCCAAGGGAUCAGAUUAGGGAAUAGCAUGAGCAGAGACAUUUUGUUUGGGAUUUGAUUAAAGAGGGAACUUGGAAUUGUGAACCUCAUUUAUAUUGUGAGGAUUUUGUUGUUGCUCUUUCAUGUUCAUCAUAGCUUUGUGGAAGGAUUGUCUAUAUGUGGUUUUAUUUUAUUUUAUUUCUUUUUUGGGGAGAGGGGAGAGUCCAGAUUUGUGAUUCCUUCAGUGUAUGGAAUCUCUUCUGUGGAAACUUCCUACACCUAUGCAGAUGGACACCUGUAACACAAAUAGACUUAGAGAAUUUAUAUGACAACCCAAAUCACAAAUCAACAUUGAAUGUUGUAAAUGUCGGAGGUAAGAUCUGAAGCCAGGUGUUCUUGGCGCCUUCUGUCUACUCUGUCAGGCUGCCUCUCAGAGUCCUAAUAAAAAAGCAUUAUGUCCAGUCUGGACAUUAUCCAGACCCUUUUUUCCUUUCCUUUUCCCUGGUCCUACCUAACUUUUGGUUAGUUCAUUUGCUGUGUGGCAUUUCCAACUGGUGAGGGACCAGGAAACUGAAGAAAAGUCAGAGGAAAGCAGAGACACAGUCCUUAACAAGCCACAAUUUCACCUGUUUUAGUUUACAGCUCAAGAAUGAAGGUGCAGUACAGAAUACCCCGUGGGAACUCAGUAAGCAAAUGCUUUUUGGCUGAAUGACUGCAGCUGUUAGCAAAUUGGAUGACAGGUUGACUGGGGAAGGAAACCUCAGGUUCAAAUUAGGUUUGGGAAUUACAUGUCCAUUUCAUCCAUCCCUGUUCUCCUCGUUCUAUAUUAACUCAAACAAAAGCACUGAUUUUCAAACAUACCUUCCAAUUAUUUUGCUUCGAAAUUUGAGAGCACUUGUGAAGAAAAGAGAGUGGCUCUAACCCAUAGGGCAAGUAUUAGAAUCGCUUUUCAAGACCAUUUCUCUGGGAAACCAUCUUUAGCUCAGUCAUUUCAGAAAUAAUACAGUAUUUGUGAUAUGUUUAUGUGAGUAAGACUCUAAAGGCUCUUUCCUACAUAGACUCUGCCCUGCAUUGACAACAAAGCUUAUAUCCAUCCUUAUUUAUUACUAAAACCCUCAUUGUCUGAAGGGAGAAGGCACAGUCUCUAAAAGAAAUUGGAUUUCUCUGGGGCUCUGCAUCUCAGACUUUCUUCUUUGCAAAUGACAGAGGUAAGGGCAGGAAAUCUUGGCUGCCUCCCCAGUGCCAGCUGGGACGGGUGUCUCAUUGUGUCUUGUUCUGUGUUUGGCAGCUGCUCAGGAUACAAUAAACGCUACAAAGCAACAACAACUUGCUGGUGCCAGUUUCAGAAUACCCAUUACAAUGUGGGUCCCCAUCUACCAAACACAUUCCCAAGUUUUUCAGUCCCCCUCCAGGCACUUCACAUGGUGUUUUGACUGCUAAUUAAGACCGUAGCAAGCCCAUCGAAAUUAACAACAACAAAAACAACAUCUAAACAUGUAUAUUCCAAUGUUAAAAACCUCCCCAAACACUUUUUAUCAAAGAGAAAGCCUGAAACAAACUUGCAAAGCACUCAUGGCAAACUUGAGUUUUCUCUAUUCUCCUUAUUUGUGCUUGAAUAUGGUAUAAGCUUGACUUUAUUGUUCACAACUGAAUAGUAAAUAAUAAUUAUUAAAUAAUAAUAUUUUUAAAAAACGAGACUGUGGAUUCCCUUUUUUUUUUUUGGGGUGGGGCAAUGAGGGUUAAGUGACUUGCCCAGGGUCACACAGCUA